AUGUUUGGCAAACGGUACUUCGGCUUCAAGGGCACUCAAUUGAAUGUCGCCGUUGGUAUACUCGCCGGGCUUGAUUUCUUGCUCUUUGGAUAUGAUCAAGGCGUCAUGGGAGGUAUUUUGGGCCUGGGCUCGUUCCUCAAGCAGUUUCCAGAAAUCGAUGUGAACGCUGCAUCUCCGGAGCGGAAGAGUCAUGUCUCAAUCAUUCAAGGCAUCUCUGUUGCUUCGUAUAACGUGGGUUGUUUCUUGGGUGCUAUCAUGACCAUCUGGCUUGGUGAUAUACUCGGACGACGCAAGACGAUAUUCUUAGGUUCUUCUAUCAUGAUCGUUGGAGCUACGCUUCAAUGUUCGGCUUUCAGUUUGGGUCACUUUAUCGCGGGACGAGUAAUUACUGGAGUUGGAAACGGUCUCAAUACUUCAACGGUACCCACAUGGCAGUCAGAAACCUCCAAAAGCCAUCGACGAGGCCAAUUGGUCAUGAUCGAAGGUGCUUUAAUUACUGGAGGUAUUUGCCUCAGCUACUGGAUCGACUUCGGCUUCUCCUUCCUCGAACCCAGCUCUGUCUCCUGGCGCUUCCCAAUCGGCUUCCAAAUGAUCUUCGCCAUCAUCAUCGUCGCCUUCAUUCUUGAGAUGCCCGAAUCCCCCCGCUGGCUCAUCCUGAAGGGCAAAGACGCCGAAGCCAUGUCCGUCCUCUCCGCCCUCAACGACCUGCCCUCUGAAGACCCAUACAUCCAAGCGGAAUAUGACGCGAUUAAGGACACUGUCCUUGAGAUGCAAAAGGGCAGCUUUAAGGACCUGUUCACUAUGGAUGAAAAUCGACAUCUACAUCGCACCAUCCUCGCCUACGUCAACCAGAUGUUCCAACAAAUAAGUGGGAUUAAUUUAAUUACAUACUACGCCGCUCAAAUCUACGAGAACUACAUCGGUCUCUCGCCCUUCAUCAGCCGUAUCCUCGCAGCCUGCAACGGCACCGAAUACUUCCUGGCCUCCUGGAUAGCCGUGUUCACAAUCGAAAAGUUCGGCCGACGCUCUCUUAUGAUCUUUGGCGCUACAGGUAUGGCGACUUCGAUGGCCGUAUUAGCCGGUACGACGAGCGUCAACGGCGCCGGCGCCGGCAUCGUCGCCGCCGCCUUCCUCUUCAUCUUCAACACCUUCUUCGCCAUCGGGUGGCUGGGCAUGACAUGGCUGUACCCAGCCGAGAUCGUGCCCCUGCGCAUCCGCGCGCCCGCCAACGCGCUGGCGACGAGCGCGAACUGGGCCUUCAACUUCAUGGUCGUCAUGAUCACGCCCGUGGCGUUUACGAACAUUGGAUACCAGACGUAUAUCAUUUUCGCUGUCAUUAACGCUUUCAUCGUGCCCGUGACUUACUUCUUUUACCCGGAGACGGCCUACCGCUCGCUCGAGGAGAUGGACUCCAUCUUCCACAAAACGACAUCGGUGUUCGACGUCGUGCGCAUCGCGCGCGAGACGCCGCGGCGCUAUGGCAAGAAUGGCGAGCUGCUGAUUGCGUACGAUGAUACCGAGGAGCAUGCGGCGGCGGCACGGCGGCGGAGUAGUGCGAAGCCUACGCAUGAUGAGAAUGAGAAAAUGUGA